AUGUCCUCCCCAGGAUCACAGAAGGAGAAGUCCUUGAAGAAUACAAAAGCGGCUCCACGGAUCUCAAACCCACGCCGUCUCUUAAUCCUAACCCCAGCUCCGCACUCCCACAACGUUGUUCCUCCAUUUCUUCACAGCCUAACUGGAGUCCCGGUCACAAAUGCGCCUCAAGCUACAAACGACGCGCAGUCAGAUGGAAAAGCAGAACCCUUCACACCGAGUAGUGCAGAAGACGACGUCGUCGUAAGCUCUACAUUUGCUGGAUACACCACACAUUCGCCACUACGAAUAGAGACCAAAUAUUACACGGCGGAUAUACCGAUAUGGGUCGACGAGCUUCCUUUCCUUUAUAAUAAUAGUGCAUCCGCACCUUCAUUAACGCAAGUCCAACCAAACGAAACUGGAUGUAUAGACGCGGGUUCUCAGCUACCCCUACACAAUAACCUCGCCGCCUGGGGAUCAGAAUUCCUUUCCGAUGAAGCUCGGGAAGUGCGAGAUGUCAUUGGUGCCAUUGUCGUCUGCAUAGAGAGGCCGACCAUAGCGCCAUCGGUCUCAUUUCCCAGUGAUGAUGACCCGGACAUGUCAGGGGACAGGGAACAUAGAAUGGGGAUUGCGCAAGGCAUAAAGGAACUUGUGAGUACGGUUGCGGAGGUUAGGAAUCGAAUUGAGGAGGAGCGCGGUGGGUUGGGCGAGGUUCCGGGGUUGGUUAUAUUAGUGGGGAAGGAUGAAGGGGAGAAGAAAGCGGAGAAUGUGAAGGGGAAGAGAAAUGGUUUGGGAGGACUAGAGGACAGCGGUGAUGAUGAAGUGGAACAGAUUUUGGAGUUUAGUAUUAGGUGGUGGGAAGACGAAUUAUCUGAGAUGGGACAUUUCGAAUUGGAGGUUGUAGCGUGGGAUCCUCAGGAUGAGGGAAAUGGGGAUGAAAGGAAUAAUUUUGGAGAACUCCAGGGCAUGCCACGGAUAAGGGAAGUCCUGCGGACGAACGAGUGGACCUCAUGUAGCCAAGGGGAUCUAUCAACAGACUUCCUUCUCGACUCUGAUGGAGAAACUGGCUUCGACAAGGAAGCUAGUGAGCUCGAGCGCGAAAUGUUUGAUCUUCGACUGGCGAUUGAAAAAGGGGGGGAUGAGCUUGGUACCGGCGAACCAGGGCCAAAAAAUGAAGACGAGGAGGAUGAACUUCAGGUUGAAAGGAUGGAUGGAUUAAUGUUGAGAAUGCAGGCUAUUAAGGAUAUGGCUGCGGAAUUGCCUGAGGCAGAGCGCAAGGCGUUUGCGGUUAAGGCGAUUAAUGAUAUCAUGAAGGAUAUUUAA